CGCAGACCGCACGUGUGAACAGACAUCAGAAGGAUGUUCGGAAUUGGCUUCGUUGGUUAUGGCCUGUUUGAUCUAUCCACCUUAACAUAAUUAGCAUCAAUAAAACAGACAAGGGUUCGAUCGAAAACGGGAUUUGGUCAAAAAAAAACUAACACUGAAGCUGAAAGGCAAUCGAACCUCAACCUACGCGAAUCAGACCUACAGAGGAGAUCAGCGUUCAGAAUUAAGGGUUUCAAGCUAUGGCUUGAAAAUUGUGAUCUUUCACGCAUGGAUUGCCUUUUAUGUUGAUUAGGGUUUGAUAUUGGUAGGUGUUAAUUACUCGGAAGUAAAAUGGUGACCAAUCAGCAUUUCUCUCGAAUCGACACUUUGAAGCUGAAAGCUCUAUUUUAUCAGAAACUUGGGCAUCAAACAGCAGACAAGUACUUCAAUCUGCUCCAACUGUUAUUCAGCUCCAAGAUUAGCAAGAAUGAGUUUGAUAAGUUCUGCGUUCGAGCAAUUGGGAGAGAGCACAUCCCUCUUCACAACCGGCUUAUCCGUUCCCUUUUAAAGAAUACCUGUCUUUCCCAAGUUCCACCGCCAAAAGUUAGAAGGGUAAAAGGGGCCUUAAAUGUCAAAAUUGCAGAUGGUUAUCCGAAAAGUUAUCUUCAUUCUCUUUAUGGAGAUACAUUUCCUCCAUCCCCUCGCAAGGGUAGGAGGUCUCCAAGGGAUCGGAAAUAUCGGGGCCCACCUGGGAAGACGCAAAGUCCCACAUGUGAAGAAUCGCUCCCUAGGGUACAAGAGCAACAAAGCGCGACCGAGUUACAUUCUCUUGGAAGCAGACCUCCUCUUGAAGUUGCAUCUGUGGAAGAAGGGGAGGAGGUUGAACAGACUGCUGGAAGCCCCUGUGUACAAAGCAGAAGCCCAGUUACAGCUCCUCUUGGUAUUUCCAUGAAUAUCGGUGGUGUUGCUCGUAAAACUCUAUUAAAUGGAUCUGCAUAUAAUUUUCAUCCAGAGACUUGUCAGAACAGUGGUGAGCUACCCGAUACUAGAUCUUUAAGGAGCCGUUUGGAGAAGAAGUUGGAGAUGGAGGGCCUUAGCAUAUCUGUGGACAGUGUAAACUUGUUAAAUAACGGGUUGGACGCAUUUUUGAAGAGGUUGGUUGAACCUUGCAUGGGACUUGCUAGGUCAAGGCAUGGAAAAGAGCAUGUUGGGGGACAAAAUGGUCAAUUUGCUCGUGGGUUGAAUGGGAUUUUACCUGGGAGAUGCACGCAGAGACCAAUCCAGUCGACUUGUGCAUCUAUUUUGGAUUUUCGCGUAUCAAUGGAGUCAAAUCCUUAUAUACUUGGAGAAGAUUGGGCAGUACAACUUGAGAAGAUAUGCUCUCGUGCAUAUGAGGAAUGAACGGCAACCAGCAAGAUAAUACACGGCAGUUUAAGAUAGGGUGAGACCCUGAGAUAUGACUUCGAAGUUCCUAUGAAGGGAUGAUUCAGUUGUUGUUGUAGUUAAAGAUUCACUCUUACAUGAAUCUUUGAGCUCCAAUGUUUUACGUGGCCCUAAUGGCCAUUGGCAAAAGGAAUAUGCAGUGAAUGGCAUGGGAUGUUUCAGAUCAAGUAUUUAGGUUGCAUUUAGAUGCAAGAGAUACAAUUCUUGGGGAGGGAAACACGUUUAUACGGUCAAUUUACACAUUGUCAUACUGUUGGAAACCUUGCUGUCUCAAGAGUUCCAACAUCAUUCUUCUCUCGGUACCUGUUGUUCCUUAUGUAUUGAAUUUUCCUUGCAAUAAAAGCAGUAUUAGAUUCCAAA